CUGGAAGGAGUUUCUGGUGUGUUAAUCCAAAUGAAUGCUGGAAAAGCAAAAGCCACUGCACUGAGUCUGUCCAAGGCAGGGAUGGCAUCGUGCACUUUCCACAGCUGUUGUCCUUGUACCUUGGACCUAUUCUCCAACAGGUAUAGAUGUGGGAGCUGCUCUUGAUGAAGCUGCCUGCAGCUGUGGUGUUGAUGAUUUGCUGUGAAAGGAUUUACAAAUGGAUUUGGAAUCGCCUCCUGCCCGUACACCAGGGACCAGGUGGUGCUGCUGGUGGUUGGUGAAUAAAACAGGAGCCCUGGACAGGGAAGUUCUGUGCUAAUUCUUGCUGCAUAAGAGCCACAAGCCACAACACAGAUCACACAAUUAAAGACAAUUAUAUUUUUGCUCCUGGCAGUGUCUGGGUCAGUCCAUGCUCUCCUCAGUCAUUUCCCCAUCCUGCCAGUCCCCGCUUUGCUUUAUAGCUGGGAUGCUGGUAGGGGAAGGCAAGGCCUGUGUUUGGGGGGAGAUACAUCAAAAAGCAGAAUUCCUGACUGUGACUGCUGGGGAACAGAGUGGGUUGAAAGGCUCAGUUCUCUUGGAGCUCAGUGCUGCUCUGUCUCCUGGUGCCACUCAAAUUGAGCCACUCUUCACAGCACUUCCAGUAUAUUCCAGCCCAGACCUGUGUUAGCCCAUCUCAGUGUGUCGCUGAAUGACCACGUGUGGGGUGGGUGGCAGCACCAGACUGGAGUGGGAUUUCCAGUGGGAUGGGCUCCCAAAUGCCCUGCAAGGAAGAGGAGGCAGCGCUGGGUGUCAGUCAGCUUUCCAUCCCAGGGAAUUCUGGAAGGUGCUGGGCACUGCUGCAGCUGCUGGCCUGGGGCCACUUGUCCCCGAGGCUCAGCUGUCUCAUGCUUCCCUAAAUAGAAAGGGAAAAGGGUCUGAGCAUUUUGACAGGGGUCAGCCAUUCCAGCCGUGGGCUUUUUUGGCAUGAACCUCCCCCUUCCUGCUCCCCACACCCUCUGCAGCUCUGCAGGCAGAGGAGAGCCGGGAUUUGCCCUGGCAGGUGAGAGAGGAUUCCCUCUUGCUGCAGAGGAGUGCUGCCUGCUUGCAGGCAGGUGCCCCCCGAGCUGGCCCUGGCUCCCAGCCCUCCCCAGGCAUAUAAAGCACGAGGGGACAAGGAGGGGACAGGCUGUGGUGACAGGUGACGCUGACAGGCAGCAGGAGCUGCCAGGUCCUGCCCAAACUUGGAGUGGGAAGUGAGCUCUUUCCUGAGCCACACAGACUCUCCGUAGUGCUGGCAGAUUUCUUUAAUUCCUUUUUUUUGUUGUUGUUUUUCUUUUCUUUCUUUCUUUUUUUUUUUUUUUUUUCUUAAUUGACUCCUAAGGAUUUACUUUGGUGGGAAAAACUUCUGAGAAGUGACAGCCUUGAAGAGCAAUUUAGGUCUUCAUUUUCAAAACUCUUUGGCUUGGUAAGCUGCUUUUAUUAAUGUGUGUUAAUUAUAUGUCAGUCUCAUGGUGGAACUCAGCUUGGGGCAGUAGGCAGGCAACCCAGGCAGUUGAAAAUGGGACACAAAUUGAUGUUUUUCCUUCAAGCUCUCCAGAUGGAGGAUCCCAUUCAGCUGAAAGAGGAGGGCAAUAAAUAUUUUCAGGCCAGUGACUACGAGAAAGCCCUUCAAAGCUACACUCAAGCCAUAAAGCUCAACAAGGACAAGGCGCUGCAGGGGGUGCUGUACAGGAACAGGGCAGCCUGUUUCCUCAAAAAGGAGGAAUAUGCCAAGGCAGCCUCGGAUGCAUCUAGAGCUAUUGACAUCAAUGCUUCAGAUAUCAAAGCCCUGUACCGGCGCAGCCAAGCCCUGGAAAAGCUGGGGAAGUUAGAUCAAGCAUUCAAAGAUGCUCAGAAAUGUGCCACCCUCGAACCCCGCAACAAAAACUUCCAGGAGACCCUGAGGAGACUGGGGGCCAACAUCCAGGAGAAGCUGCGCAUUCAGUUCUCCACGGACUCGAGGGUGCAGAAGAUGUUUGAGAUCCUGCUGGAUGAGAACAGCGACAAAGAAAAGCGAGAAAAGGCUGCAAACAACCUCAUAGUCCUGGGGCGGGAGGAAGCAGGUGCCGAGAGGAUUUUCCAGAAUAAUGGGGUCAACUUGCUGCUGCAGCUGAUAGAAACCAAAAAUCCUGAGCUGAUCCUGGCAGCCGUGAGGACACUUUCAGGAAUGUGCACAGGACAUAAGGCUCGGGCCACUGCCAUUCUCCAUUACCUGGGCAUCGACAGCAUUUGCAUGUGGAUGUCGGUGGACAAUGAAGAAAUCUCCCUGGCUGUCUGCAACCUCCUGCAGACCAUCACCGACUGCCUGCUGGGCCAGGGGAAGGAGGAGCACCACGGCAAGGAGGAGGCUCUAGUGCUAGACACUAAGAAGGAUUUGAGGAUGAUCACAAUGCGUUUGCUGGAUAUGCUGGUCAGUAAGAAAGUGUCUGGGCAAGGGCGAGACCGAGCCCUCAACCUCCUCAACAAGAACAUACCAAGGAAGGACCUGAAAGACCAUGACAACAGCAGGAGCAUCUUUGUCAUCGACAAUGGCUUAAAAAAGAUACUGAAAGUGGUGGGCCAGAUUCCUGAGAUGCCUGACUGCCUGCCACUGACAGAGAACACCCAGCUGACUGCCUCUGUCCUCCUAAAUAAGCUCUACGAUGACCUGCGCUGCGACCCGGAGCGGGACAACUACCGGCUGAUCUGCGAGGAGUACAUCAAGAGCAAAAUCGACCCACAAGACAUGGAUAAGACACUUCAUGCUGUCCAGAUUGUGUCUGGUGUUCUGCAAGGGCCCUUUGACUUGGGCAACAAGCUGCUUGGCAUGAAGGGAGUGAUGGAGAUGAUGGUUGCCCUGUGUGGGUCCGAGAGGGAGAUUGACCAGCUGGUGGCUGUGGAAGCCCUCAUCCAUGCUUCCACCAAGCUGAGCCGAGCCACCUUCAUCAUCACCAAUGGGGUGACACUCCUGAAGGAGAUCUACAAGAAGACCAAGAAUGAGAAGAUCAAAAUCCGAGCUCUGGUGGGUCUCUGCAAGCUGGGCUCAGCAGGAGGCACAGACUAUGGCCUGCGGCAGUUUGCUGAGGGCUCCACUGAGAAGUUAGCCAAGCAGUGCCGAAAGUGGUUGUGCAACACCAGCAUUGAUGCCCGCACCAGGAAAUGGGCUGUGGAAGGGCUCUCAUACCUCACCCUCGAUGCAGAUGUGAAAGAUGACUUUGUUGAAGAUGAGCCAGCCCUGAAAGCUAUGUUUGAUUUAGCCAAGGCAAGCGACAAGACAAUCUUGUAUUCCGUGGCUUCUGCGCUGGUGAACUGUACCAACAGCUAUGAUACCAAGGAGCUGGUCCCAGAGCUGGUGCAGCUGGCAAAAUUCUCCAAACAGCAUGUGCCUGAGGAGCAUCCAAAGGACAAGAAGGACUUUGUGGUGAAGCGGGUGAAGCGGUUGCUGAAGGCUGGGGUUGUCUCUGCCUUGGCCUGCAUGGUGAAGGCUGACAGUGCCAUUUUGACUGACCAGACCAAGGAACUCAUUGCCAGGGUGUUUCUUGCCUUGUGUGAAGACCCCAAGGACCGCGGGACCAUUGUCGCUCAAGGUGGUGGGAAGGCUCUGAUACCUCUGGCUGUGGAAGGCACAGAUGUUGGCAAGAUAAAGGCUUCUCAUGCUCUGGCAAAAAUUGCUGCUAUCUCCAAUCCAGACAUUGCAUUCCCAGGGGAGAGGGUGUACGAGGUGGUGAGGCCCCUUGUCAGCCUGCUGAACACAGAGAGAGAUGGCCUCCAGAACUACGAGGCUCUGUUAGGGCUCACAAACUUUUCAGGAAGAAGUGAUAAACUUAGGUUGAAGAUAGUCAAAGAGAAGGCCCUGCCAGAUAUCGAAAACUACAUGUUUGAGAACCACGACCAACUUCGACAGGCAGCCACAGAGUGCAUGUGCAACCUGGUGGUCAACAAGGAGGUUCAGGAGCGGUUUGUGGCUGAUGGCAACGACCGGCUGAAGUUGGUGGUGUUGCUGUGUGGCGAGGAUGAUGAGAAGGUUCAGGUUGCAGCAGCAGGAGCCCUGGCCAUGCUUACGGCAGCACAAAAGAAACUCUGCUCGAAGAUGACUCAAGUGACCACCCAGUGGCUUGAAAUCCUGCAGAGGCUCUGCUUGCAUGACAACAUGGAGGUCCAGCACCGAGGACUGGUCAUUGCUUUCAACUUAAUCAGCUGUGACAAAGAGCUGGCGAAGAAGCUGGUGGAGUCAGAGCUCCUGGAGAUCCUGACCUACGUCGGGAAGCAGGAGGAUCACCCCAAGAAGCAGCACAUCAUUAGUGUGGCACGUGACUGCCUCACCAAGUGCAUGGAUUACGAGCUGAUCAAACCUCUCUCUCAGUGAGGGAAUGAAAAGCACCAAAAAAAGGCUGAGUGUGGGGGGAAAAAAAUGGAGAAAUAUGGAAAAGUGAGAGCCAUGAGGAGAAUCUAGUGCUGUUGUCAAGGCACUGAAUAGUUUGGGGACAGCUUUGGAGGAUCAUAAGCUGUAUGAGGAAAAGGAGGGAAUUUGCCUGGGAAAUUUGGGAAGUGUCCAUCUGAGUAAUUCCCAGAUGGUGUAAAUCCUUUCUCUGCCCCCAUUCAGCUGAUAAUGAUGAAAGCUUCAGCUGUAAAAGAGUUGGUUGUGUUGGAGAUGUGUCAGGAGGCUGUUGGAAGGAAACUCAACAAAGCUGAAAUUGGUUCUGCCACCACCUCCAACUCCUGGUACUUCUGGAAUUCCCAGCAAUGGUGGAACAGGGAGGGUUAAGUGCCUUCUAUUCUCUAGUCAGAAAAUAGGAUUUUGGCUGUGUGCUUUUUUGUUCAUUUAUUGGAAUCUAUGUGCCAAAGU